AUGACAACAAUAAGAUGCUUACUUGCAGUAGCAGUCAAGAAAGGUUGGAAUAUAUCUCAACUAGAUGUCAAUAAUGCCUUCUUGCAUGGUGAAUUGCAAGAAGAGGUGUAUAUAAAAUUUCCUCCAGGUCACUCAGUUUCUUUAGUUGCAGUCUAUGUCGACGAUAUAAUUAUUACUGGGAAUGAUUCUACAGAGUUGUCUAACCUCAAGCAAUUUUUGGACACUGAAUUUAAGAUAAAAGACCUAGGAAGCUUACAUUAUUUCCUUGGAUUAGAGGUGGUACGAGAAGACCAUGGUCUGAUAGUGAAUCAGAGAAAAUUCACUCUUGAACUUCUGUCUGAGUACAACUGUGAUGACUUAGCUGAAGUACCUUCUCCACUUGAUCCUUCGCAAAAACUCUCUGCUGAUGAAGGGACACCACUCACAGAUCCUUUUUCCUAUCAAAGAUUGAUCGGAAAACUCAACUAUUUACCUCACACUCGUCCAGAUUUAGCCUUUGCGGUUCAGCAUUUGUCACAGUAUAUGCAGUCCCCAAGGUUACCUCAUUACGAUGCUGUAAUUCGUGUUCUUCGAUAUCUUCGAAAAUCUCCAGGUCAAGGAUUGUUCUUCAGUAGCAAUCCUUCUUUUUCCAUUCUUGCUUUCUGUGACGCCGAUUGGGCCUCGUGUUUGGAUACGAGAAGAUAUGUCAGCGGGUAUUUUAUAAGCAUGGGUGGCUCUCUGAUUUCUUGGAAAUCCAAGAAACAAAUUUCAGUAUCACUUUCAUCUGCGGAAGCAGAAUAUAGAUCAAUGCGACGAGUUGUUGCUGAAGUCACAUGGUUGAAUCGUCUUCUUCGAGAUCUAUCAGCUCCGCCUAAGCUACCAAUACUGGUACAUUCUGAUAGUCAAUCGGCACUCCACAUUGCUAGAAACCCUGUAUUUCAUGAACGCACAAAGCACGUCGAACUUGACUGCUACUUUGUGCGUCAACAGUUCACCGCAGGUCUUAUUUCUCUAAAUUUCGUUCCAUCUGCAUCUCAAGUUGUAGAUAUCUUCACAAAGCCUUUAUCAGGACCAGCUCACAAUACCAUUCUUCGCAAGUUGGGGACAUGA